AUGCAAGGACGACGAAGAACGAAUGUCGAAGCUGGAGAGCUUUACUCUGGAGAGCUAUUUUGGAGAGACAAGUACGAAUGGUUGCUCGACUCUGGAUAUAGACUUCGAGAUCGUUACAAGCCGGACUGGGUGCCUUCAUGGAGGGGCAAAAGCGACGUCGUCUGGUAUAAGCAAGAAGACUCGUUUACUUUCCAGGACUCCCGUGUCGCAGAUGCUGUUCGUGUAUCCGAUGGCACUCCUGUCGCUCUCAAAAGAUUUCGCCCGACCGUGAACCCCCAGGAAGAAGAUAUCAUCAUUAUGCUCAACAGUGAACCAUUUGUUUCCGACCCACGCAAUCAUUGUGUUCCGAUAUACGAGAUCAUGGAAGUCCCCGGAGAGGACUUACGGCUCAUUGUCAUGCCCUUGCUACGCGAGUACGAGGAUCCCAAGUGGGACACCAUCGGUGAAGUUGUGAGCUGCAUCCAACAGAUAUUCGAGGGAUUGCGUUUCAUGCACAUCAAUCGCAUAGCUCAUCGGGAUUGCACCGUCAACAAUAUCAUGCUCGAUCCCAGGGAUAUGUACCCCGCUUCGUUCCAUCCAGCCAGACCCGAGAAAUCCGGAGACGGAAAAGCACCAGCCCGUUACUUCACUCGAACGCAGCGUCCAUCAAGGUAUUACCUCAUAGACUUCGGCUUGUCACAGCUGUACCCUCCUGGGGAGCCCGCGAUCGCCUUUCCCACCAGGGGAGGCGAUAGAACCGUUCCCGAAUUCGCCGCCGACUACGAUGCCGACUAUGACCCUUUCCCUGUCGACGUGUACUACCUUGGCAACUGGGUUCGGGAGUACAUCAUCAAGAAGUACCACGGGUUUGAGUUCCUAUCAAGCCUCACGGACGAUAUGACGCUCGUCGACCCGAGCAAACGGCCGACAAUGGACCAGGUCAUGGAACGACUUGACAAGAUUGUGACAUCCGCAGGUUCCUGGAAAAUGCGUUCUCGGGUCGUAGCUCGCGACGAACACCCCAUCAUGGGCUUAUAUCGCGCGAUAGGACACUGGAAACGGCGUGUGGUCUUUAUCUUCACUCGAACUCCGGCCAUCCCGACUCCUCCGCCUAUUUCUCCUACCUAUGUGCAGCGCAGACCGCUGCCACCAGGCUCGGCGAGCAUCACUAAACCUUCUGUUCCAGCAGAAACCGUCCCCGAGGCGGAGCCUAGUGUGCCUCCGCCGGAUGCCACAUAGCCGACAUCGUUGUUUUUGCCAUCUGAUUUCUGUGCUUUCUUGCUUCGUCGCAUGUCUCCUGUCGUUGAAUACCGUGAGGCCUCACGAACCGGUUAUUCCUGUAUUGGAACCGCGCCAGAUAAUAC